CGAUGCCACACACAACAUGGCCGCUGCCUCGGUUAAGAUUUCCGGAUGUCAAUGACUGUUAUCUAAAGGACUUGAUGGCGGAUUUUUUAGAAUCCUGAAAGAAGAAACCACGUUUUUAGUUUGUUUAUCAAACAGCCAAGUGUUGGAGAUUUUGGGUUAAAAUCACAUCAUAGAUGUUAACAAAAAAGCUUCCCCCUUUGGAGAGAUUCCUCUUACUGGUCUCCAGACGUGCCAGUCACCUUGCCCGGCAGCAUUAUGAUGUCAUCGUGGUGGGUGGGGGUCAUGCAGGCACCGAAGCAGCAUCGGCGGCAUCCCGAGUGGGAGCGCGGACGUUGUUGGUUACGCAGAAAGUACACACCAUUGGUGCUUUGUCGUGCAACCCUUCCCUGGGCGGAAUCGGGAAGGGUCACCUGGUGAAGGAGGUCGAUGCAUUGGACGGUGUGUGCGGUCGAGCAGGCGACUGGGCCGGCAUCCAUUUUUCCAUCUUGAAUCGCAGGAAGGGUCCGGCUGUGUGGGGGCCACGGGCCCAGCUGGACCGACAACUCUACCGUCAAUUCAUUCAGUCCGAGCUUCAGUCGACUCCGCGUCUGACGGUGCAGGAGGGAUCUGUGGAGGAGCUUCUUGUUACAGAACCGAACCCGGAAAAACCUGGAUAUCACAAAGUCACUGGGAUACGUUUAGCAGGUGCAAGCCUCCCGAUCUCAGCCCAGUCUAUAGUUCUAACCACUGGGACCUUCCUAUCGGGCUCCCUCUUCAUGGGUCAGAACACAACCCCAGGUGGGCGUAUUGGAGACGCCCCGUCCAGUUCCGGAAUGUCCCGCACAUUGAGGGAGCGUCUCGGGCUGAAGAUGGGUCGACUCCGGACGGGUACCCCUCCCAGAAUAGUGAAGGCUUCGGUGGACUUUGACCAGGCGAAAUUGCAUCCAGCCGAUAGUUUGCCAACUCCCUUCAGCUUCAUCAAUAGUCGCGUUCGUUGCAAGGCCGAGGAGCAACUGCCAUGCCAUUUGACUUUUACCACACCGGGUGUGGAUCAAGUGGUGAAGGAAAGUCUUCAUCUCAACUGUCACAUACAACAGGACACCAAGGGCCCCAGGUACUGCCCCUCAAUCGAAGCGCGAGUAAUUCGCUUUCCGGGCCGACAACAUCAAGUAUGGCUGGAACCUGAGGGGCUGACCUCUGACCUGGUGUACCCACAAGGUCUGUCUAUGACGAUGCCCCCGGAGAUGCAGUUGCGCUUGAUAAGAGAAAUCCCGGCCUUGCACAGAGCUGAAAUCCACACCGCGGGCUAUGGAGUACAGUACGACUUUGUGUGCCCUACACAGCUAAGCCCCGCCCUACAAGUGAAAAGCACCCAAGGUCUUUUCCUCGCCGGGCAGAUUAACGGGACUACCGGGUAUGAAGAGGCUGCUGCUCAGGGCUUGUGGGCGGGGGUUAACGCAGCCCGCGCCGCACUUUCCAUGCCCACGGCAACGCUAUCUCGGACUGAGAGUUACAUCGGAGUUUUGAUCGACGAUCUUGUCACGCGAGGUGUGACGGAACCUUACCGGAUGUUUACCAGUCGGGCUGAAUUUCGAACAUCUCUAAGACCGGACAACGCUGACUUGCGACUGACUCUGAAAGGGUUUGAGGAGGUGGGUUGCGUGUCCUCCGAGCGCUACCGCCAAACGGCGAGAGUGCGAGACAGUCUUCAAGAGGCGCUCGCAGCUCUUCAGGAAGUCUCUCUGUCGGCCACAAACUGGCGACGUCAACUUCCUCUCGAGUACAUCAGUGAGACGAAACCCGGCAAUCAAACUGGUUUGGAGGUGCUGCAGUUCAACGAUGUGACCUUUGAAAUGUUGACCUACGUGUUUCCAGAGCGCCUUUCGCAGUAUGCGGAAUUCUCACAAAGGCUGAAGAUAGAAGCCAUAUACAGGCCUCACUGCCUCCUCCAGCAGAAGGAGAUUGAGAGAAUUCAAAAAGAAGAGAGCAUGUCUCUCCCGGAGGACUUGGACUAUCUAUCUCUACCUGUGUCUCUCUCGCAAGAAGUCCGCGAGAUUUUGGACAGAGUUCGUCCAAGCACGUUGGGCGCAGCUACACGUUUGCAAGGAGUAACUCCAGCGGCCAUUGUCCACCUUCUCAACUACAUCCGUCCGCCAAGCAGGAAGGAGAGAAGAACGCACAGGAACUAACCUGACCUAUUUGCUUUUAAUGCUGUUACAAAUGUACAAAAAUAAGUGAGUAACUCAUGUUUCAAUAAAGAAGACAAGAGAAAACCUUCAAUAACGCCCCGGCUCAUCAGACCAUAGGACAUGGUUCCAGUUAACCAUGUGCUUUGUUGACAUGUCUUCAGCAAACUGUUUGCGGGCUUUCUUGUGUACCGUCUUCAGAAGAGGCUUCCUCCUGGGGUGACAGCCAUGCACACCAAUUUGAUGUAGAGUACGGCGUAUGGUCUGAGCACUAACAGGCUGACCCCCCACCUCUUCAAUGUCUGCAGCAAUGCUGACAGCACUCCUGUAACGAGUCACAUGACAUUUUGGAGGGAAAAUGACAAGCAGUACUCAAUUUGGACAGUUAGGGAUGUACGUAGUUUCUAAGGGGUGUAUUCACUUUUGUUGCCAGGGAUUUAGAUAUUAAUGGCUAUAUUUUGAGGGGGAAAUAAAUUAACUAUUAUAUAAG